ACAGCUUCGACAAUCCCUCUCACAUAUUUUAUUAAAAGGGUAUUCAUGUAAUUCUAUUACGAAGAAGGGGCGACGGGUUUCGAACUUUGGAGAAAAGCCGCUUAGUUGGUAGAAGCAGAAGCCGGCACCGCCGCAGUGGGACGUCGAGCCACUGCCGAAAUCACAGACAAAAAUGUGGAGGAAAGCCAUAGCAACAGCAGCGGCAAGACGCUUCGGGGCCGCACUUCACCACCCGUGGCGCAUGAUAGCACGCCCCCACUCAACAACCGCAUCCCCUUCCACCGCCGUCGACUCCAUUAUCCUGCGGUCCCUCAAGGAACACUAUAUCGAUGCCCAGAAAAUGAAUCCUCCCCCAAAAAUCAACCCUCCAUCGCCCUUCACAGUCGUCCAGGGCUCGCUUGACGGCAACGGCCCGGCUCUCAAGCGGACUUACGGCCGUGAAGAGAUCACCAUAUCGGUAAUGCGAAUGGCCAAUAUAAUUCCCGGCUAUGGCGAAGGUGGAGAAGACGACGAUGCCGAUGACACGAACCAGUUGUUCCUGCACCUCGACGUUUCAAAGCCCGGGCAGAAGGAGUCUCUGCAUUUUCUUUGUGCUGUGUAUCCGGAUGCUUUGGGAAUUCACUCUGUCUCAUUGCGCAGAAAUGCCGAUUUUUCGAGCUCUCUUCAUGUCGCUUCCACAUAUAAUGGCCCUGUUUUUGAAGAUCUUGAUGAAAUGACGAGGGACGCGUUCCACAAUUUCGUAGAAGAGCGGGGUGUGAGUGAAAGUCUGUUUCCGUUUCUUCGAGCAUGGCUUUAUGUCAAAGAUCAUCGUAAUCUUAUGCAAUGGUUCAAAUCAGUGGGAAUAUUCAUUUCUGAAAACAAGAAGGCUAAGGAUUCCUAGGUUCAUUAGGAGACCCAGAAAAAUGUUUAGCAGUUUCAAUGCUGGUUUGAUCUCAACAAUUAGUGUCCAUUUAUGGUUUAAUUAGUCUAUGUUUGAGUUCUUUGGCGAAAUGUCGCUUAGUACUACGAUCUAAUGGUAUUCCUCUACUUGUAAGUGAGAGGUCUUAGGUUAGAUUCUUGUCAAGGGCGAAUUUGAACCACAUUAUUGCUAAUCCGUUGGGAGGCUUAACCCA